AUGGACGUCGAAGUACCUUCUGGCGACAGCACGUCGCAAGCGAGCCCGCAGCAAUCGCAGCCGCAAUCCAAGUCGUCUCCGCUGCCCUCGGCUGCCGCGAGUGCCGCCGCCGCCGCCGCCGCCGCCGCAGCCAACUCGAUGAGCUUUAGAAGACAACGAGCGUCACGAGCAUGCGAGACGUGUCACGCUCGAAAAGUUCGAUGUGACGCAGCUAGUCUGGGGGUGCCAUGUACCAACUGCGUUGCCUUUCAGAUAGAAUGCCGCAUCCCAACGCCGAAGCGCAAGAAGACCCAGGCCUCUGGGGCGCAAGCGGGCAAGGAUUCCGAUAGCGACCGCGGCGAGAACACUGAUGAGCCGUCACGGCAGACCCCUCUCAGCUCCGCCGCUGCCUCCUACUCUCCAAGAUCUUCGGCCCCUACCGUAUCACACACUGCUGAUGGGACCCCUCCGACGUCUCUUACAGAAGCUCAGGCUAGGAAAGAGGAGGUUGAUAAUGGGACAUAUCUGAACCUAGUGAUGAAGCCAAAGUUCACACGAGCCCCCAUUACUGAUGCCGGCCGGGUUGCAUACCUCGGCGAGUCAUCGAAUCUUACUCUUCUCGUCCACGAUCGCCAAGGUUCUGCGGAUGUCGUUCACUACCCGCUGCCCGAGAAUGUGAGGGGGUCGCGAGCGAGGUUGACUGAACUCGAUAAUGUUGAGAUCGACAUCCUUCACCAACGAGGUGCCUUUCUACUGCCUCCAAGGUCGCUAUGUGACGAGCUGAUUGACGCCUACUUCCAAUGGGUCCAUCCCAUUGUCCCCGUCAUCAACCGCACUCGCUUCAUGCGACAAUACCGUGAUCCUAAGAAUCCGCCGUCGCUCCUCCUCCUCCAGGCCGUUCUUCUGGCCGGUUCUAGAGUCUGCCAAAAUGCCCAGCUCAUGGACGCAAAUGGUUCAACUACCCCGGCAGCCCUGACUUUCUAUAAACGGGCUAAAGCUCUAUACGAUGCCAACUACGAAGACGACCGCGUCACAAUCGUACAGUCCCUCCUUCUGAUGGGAUGGUACUGGGAGGGGCCUGAAGAUGUCACCAAAAACGUCUUCUACUGGAGCCGUGUCGCGACCAUUGUUGCUCAGGGCUCGGGCAUGCAUCGAUCUGUUGAACGGUCGCAACUGAGCAAGUCUGAUAAGCGGCUGUGGAAGCGCAUCUGGUGGACGCUGUUUACGCGCGACCGAUCUGUCGCGGUUGCUCUUGGUCGCCCAGUCCACAUCAAUCUUGAUGACUCGGACGUUGAAAUGCUGACCGAGGAUGACUUCAUUGAAGAUGAGUCUGACCGAGCGAGCGAGUACCCGCCAGACCCCAUUCAUGUGCAAUUCUUCCUCCAGUACGUCAAGCUCUGUGAAAUCAUGGGGCUUGUCCUGUCACAGCAGUAUUCGGUCGCCUCCAAGGGAAGGCAGCGGAAUGCCAUCGACCUUACACACAGCGAUAUGGCUUUGGCCGAUUGGCUUCAGAACUGCCCCAAGAUUGUCUACUGGGAGAUGCCUCGCCAUCAUUUCUGGUCCGCACUCCUUCAUUCCAACUACUAUACGACUCUGUGUCUCUUGCAUCGAGCCCAUAUGCCGCCAAGCGGCUCGCCUCGGUUCCCCAAUGAUACUCCAUAUCCAUCUAGAAACAUUGCCUUCCAAGCGGCGGCCAUGAUUACCUCCAUAGUUGAGAACCUGGCGGCGCAUAACCAGCUUCGUUAUUGCCCAGCCUUCAUAGUGUACAGUCUUUUCUCCGCCCUCAUCAUGCACGUCUAUCAAAUGCGCUCCCCUGUGCCGUCUAUACAGCAGGUGACGCAGGACAGGCUGCGCAGAUGCAUGCAGGCAAUGAAGGAGGUCUCUCGCGUCUGGCUUGUGGGCAAAAUGGUCUAUACUCUGUUUGAGUCCAUCCUCGGCAACAAGGUGCUUGAAGAGCGGCUACAAAAAGCGGGAGGAAAGCGACAUCGGAAGAUGCAGCAAACCGUUGACCAGCUCGAGCAGCUCAACAGGCAAGACGCAUCCAAGCGUAAAUACGACGACAUGGCUAUCGACUUUACGAGCAAUACUCCAACCCCGCAAGAGUCGUACGAAAGAUCUAGGCCGCAGACUCCCAGUGCGACCAAGAAUGACAACAAUGUCAACCAGCGCUCGGCAGCAGCAUCUCCAACUGUUCGCCAGACUGGCACGGAUACGUUCAUGGGUGGCACCAACUCGCGACCUCAGACGAGACCUGCAACACCAUUCAACCCUUCAUUUUCCGUCCCGGCAACUCCCCCAGACUUGUACUUGGUCACCCGCAACUCGCCAAACAUCUCACAAUCUCUAUGGGAGAAUUUCCAGCCUGAUCAGCUUUUCCCUGAAAGCUCAAGCAUGCCGGCUUUCCCCAGUCUCUCGCCUCCGCAGACACACCAGACUCUAGAUCAGAAUGCGAUGAAUCAACUGCCUGGAGGCAGUAUAGCGGCGGGUAUACAGGCCAACCAGUACAGAGGUUCCGGCCAAGGGGCUGGAAUCGUACCGAUGUCUGGUUUCCAAGGGCAGUCUAAUUUGUGGCAGCCUGGCUUCGACGGCGGACUGCAGGACGGCCAAAGCCCUGAUAGCUGGGGUACAAGCUCUGCACAGGGACAGCCUGCGCCGACAACCCUUAAUGUAGAAGAUUGGUUUCAAUUUUUUGGCAUCAACGGAGAUAUGAGCAGCAUAAAUCUGGACAUCCCUUUGAGCUAG